AUGGACUCUCACCACGGCCAAGCUCACCGCAGCGGCGAGGGCAGCGAGCCGACGACGGCGAGGUCGCGGUGGGCGCCGAAGCCGGAGCAGAUCCUGAUCCUCGAGUCCAUCUUCAACAGCGGCAUGGUGAACCCGGCCAAGGAUGAGACGGCGCGCAUCCGCCGCCUCCUCGAGCGCUUCGGCGCCGUCCGCGACGCCAACGUCUUCUACUGGUUCCAGAACCGCCGCUCCCGCUCCCGCCGCCGCGCCCGCCAGCUCCAGCAGGCCUGCAGCGCCGCCGCCCAGCAGCUCCCGAACGCCGGCGUCGUCGGCGUCGGCCACUACCACGGCGCCAGCGACAACACUUCUUCUCCCUUCGCUAUGAACGGGCACGGCCAGGUGCGCGCUAGCAUGAUGCCCACGGCCGCGCCCCUGCCGUCCUCGGCCGCCACGGCGCCGCACUUCUUCGCCGACGAGGUGGACAGCGGCGACGACCUCUUCGCCAUCUCGCGGCAAAUGGGGCUGAUGUCUCGUGGCGGCGACCACCGUUGCGGCUACACGGCGAGCGACGACGCCUCCCAGCUGAGCUACCAACCAACUGGGACGACGUCUAUCCAGGUGUUCAUCAACGGCGCAGUGUACGAGGUGCCGGGUGCCGGCGCACCGCUGGACUUGGCCGGCACGUUUGGGCGUGACGCGAUGCUGGUUCACUCCUCCGGCGAGAUCCUGCCGGUGAACGAGCACGGCGUCCUCAUGAAGAGCUUGCAGAUGGGGGAAUGCUACUACCUGGUUUCGAGAUCAACUUAAUCAGAGGGCCUGCUGUAUGAUGAUUCAAGUUGUGUGCUACUAGCUAGGAAGCACAAACACUUGAUGAGCAGAUUGUUCAAGUCAGGAGCGUAUAUGUCAGUGUGUGUACUAAUGCAUGUGUUGUUCAUCUCUCUCUCCACAUCGAUGUACAUUAUUAUCUGAAUGCAUCGCCCCUUGAGAGUUCCCUUUCAGCGUGCUGGGGAGGUUGUAGCUGAAUCGAUAAUCGGAAUGACA